AUGGCCAAGUCAAAAGCAAGUAGGAUAACUGCCAUUUGUCGCACAAAGAAGUGCAAUUGGAGAGUGUAUUGUUCAUUGGAGCCUAGAUUGAAUAAGUGGAUGGUGAAGGUAUGUCACUACAAUCACAAUCAUGGAAAAUCAAGUCGAGUAUCAAUGCUGAAACAAGGUGUGAUUGGAGGGUUGUUUAGAGAAGAGAUAAGAAGGAAUGUUAACUUACCAGCUGCAGCGAUAAAAGACAUUAUCAAGGAACGCUAUGACAUUGUUGUUAACAUAUCAAAGUGCUACAAAGGAAGACGAAUUGCUCUAGAUUCAGUCUUUGAAGCUCAAUCAAUACAAUUUGGCAAACUAUGGGAUUAUGAGAAAGAGCUUAGAAGGUUCAACAAGGACGUCACUACUGAGAUAUUAACAGUUGACAUCAAUGGUAGACAACAGUUUAACGCUGUUGGUAGAGAUGCAGAUAACAAGAUGUAUCCAAUAGCUUGGGCAGUUGUAACAGGGGAAAAUAAAGAUACGUGGGGCUGGUUUUUGCAAAAGCUUAAGUUGGAUUUAAACUUGGGAAUUGGCAAAAAUCUUACCAUUAUUUCUGAUAAACAGAAGGGUCUUGUUAUUGCGGUUACUGCUGAACUUCCUCAAGCAGAGCAUCGUAUGUGUGCAAGGCAUAUGUAUGCUAAUUGGAAGAAGUCUUUCAACAGGUCAGAGUAUAAAAACUUGUUUUGGGGUGUUGCUUACAGUUACCAUGAAGGAGAAUAUGAAAAAAAUAUGCAGAUGGUACAUGCAUAUGAUCCUGCUGCAUAUGAGGCGUUGCUUGUGACAGAGCCAAGAAGGUGGUGUAGAGCAUUUUUCAACCCGGAAUCUCAUUGUGCUGAUGUCCACAACAAUCUCUCAGAAACUUUCAAUAGGACUAUUAAAAUGGCCAGAACAAAGCCUGUUAUAACAAUGUUGGAGGAUAUAAGAAGACAAGCUAUGACAAGGAUAUCUCUCAGGUGGUUAAAAGAAUUCAAGUUAGACUCCCAUCUCACACCUAUCACACUUGCUAUACUGGAGAAAGCAAGAAAGGAUAAGAAGUAUUGCAAGCCAUUAUGCAGCAACAAGUACUUGUAUGAAGUUACAGAGUUCAACAUUGGUUACUCAGUUGAUUUGGCAACACAUCAAUACGACAAUCAAGAUAAUCCAGAGAAGUAUGUGGCUGAUUAUUACCAAUCCUCUUACUUGAAGAACACAUAUGUGGAUAAUAUAAAACUUGUCAAUGGUGAGCAACUGUGGACGAAAACAUGGAAAUCUCCUAUUGGGAUCCCUAAUAUUCGCAAGCCAAGAGGUUCAGCCACUACGUCAACCAAAGACAAGGAAAACUAG